AGGCAUCAGCACUUUUCCUUGCCCCCAGCUCAGGCCUGCUCGGAGGGGGAUAGGUUUUCACUGCUGGCCCCCCUGCUUGGGGUUAGCAUUGCACAACCACCACCCAACCUGGGGAGCUGUCAAUCACCCUCACCAUCCCUCACCAGGCAGUCUGGAGUGAGGAAGAGACUAGAAAGAGAGACCCAGUGAAGAACCAGGAACAUUCCUCUGAACCAGACCUGACAAGACACAUCAAAAUGUCUGGACAAAUCCCAGCACUCCCAGAAUCCUUUGCUCCAGGAAUAGAUGGCGUGUUCUCGGACCGCAUUGGCUUCUACUCUCUGGACUCCAACGUCCCUGGCCUGUCCAAGGUCAUUCUCAACAAACUCAACAUGAAGGAUUAUGGGGAAUACAGGGCAGCUAUGGAAGGGAAGACUAAGGGAGGGGUGUUCCGUAACUACAAGGAGAUGUUCCAGAAAAUGGAGGAGACGUUUAAAUUCUGUGCCAGAUGCAACAAGCUUCCACAGCACCUCUCAGAGGGCCAGACACUCAAGCGUUGUGUGAAGUGUCUGAAUGUAUACUACUGCACAAAGGAGUGUCAGAAGAAGGACUGGCCUCAACAUAAGAUGUUCUGUGAGAAGCUGCGUCUAGUGGCAGUUGAUCGGCUGGUGGAGUGGCUUAUGUUCACAGGAGAUCUCCCAUUCACCACAGAGAAGUGGUCCCUGCCAGCAGCAGAGGUGAAGGGCUGGGACGACUGGCUUGCCAUGCAAGGUGACCUAACCCCCCGUCUGGACGCCAUCUUGUCUAGCACAAAUAUGGGAGCGCUUUGGAAAAAUGCCUCUAGGCCACGACCAGAAGAUGCUGACCUGAGAGAUUCUGUAUGGCGAGUUGAGAGCGAGUUCCUGUCUCGGGCACUUUCUGUUGGCAUGGCGAUAAGACUCUUUGGCCUAGAUCCUUACUUCAAACCACUCACCAUCCAUCUAGCAGGGGCCGGCCUAAAUGAGACGAUGGGAGCCCGAUUGACAGACUUUGAUGAACUGGACCGAAUGUUUCCUGGACACAAGGGUCUGGAGGUGGUGAUGGUGGGGCCAGAGGUGGUGGAUGGGCCCAUCAUGAGGCCCCCUCUGACGAAUUUUGGCCCCAAGACGAAGACCUUUAUCAGUGCCUACAAGGGCCUCUACCACCAGUUCUAUGAGGAUAUGGUAGAGACCGAGAAAGCAGCUAAGCCAGAUCUGGUGGUUGGAUUCCAUCCAGGGUUUCAUGCCACACAGGGUCUGGGAGAAGGCUGGCUGCCUAGCCUCCUCCUCCUGAGAGAUUUCAACAUCCCCUCAUUCUUCACCAUGUACAAUGAGAUGGAACUGAACUAUUCCCUGCAAAUUCUGUCUGAGUUGGAAAUGCAUAUCAAGGGCAGUGGCCCCAACCCCUUUUCAUCCCUGAAGCCAGAGCAGGUCCAGGCCUGUCCCAACAAACCACCUUCAUACUGCAACUCCCACUUCCUCUAUUUUCAGGGCCUAUGGGAGCAAGAAGAGCUUCAGCAAUCGGACAAUUAUAAAACUUAUUGGAAGGCUUAAAAAGUAUAAAAUGAAUAGCCUCUGGAUAGCCACAUUAGCAUCCUAUAUUGCAUGCGUCGUCCGGGUUUGGCCGGGGCAGGCUGUCAUUUUAAAUAAGAAUUUGUUCUUAACUGACUUGCCUAGUUAAAUAAAGGUUCAAAAAACGUAUUCAUAUGGAUGCUUUUAGUGUUGCUUAUAUGCAUAGGCAAAAUGCAUUAUGGUGUUGCUCUCCAUUGUAUCUCUUGUGUAUGAUGAACCAAUGAAGCUAUAUACAUUUA